UUAAACAGUUCAAUUUGUUGUUCGCUUUCAUGCUUAAGUAAAGUUAAUUCAGUGGCAAAAGCCAAAAGUUGGACAAAGAGCAGAAUAAUGCCAAUAAAUGAAUAUAAAUGUUGUUUCCUUCGACUUCUUGUUGGCCUAGUGGUGGCAUUCUACCUUCCUGUUGGCGAGGCCAUUGUUUGCUAUCAUUGCGAUUCCAUAGCCCUACCGGAAUGCGCUCAAACAUUGGGUGAAGUGGGCCUAUUGCCCUAUGUAGAAUGUUCCAGUGAAUUGACAUGCUCUAUGUCCAUAGUGGAUUCCAUAACAUAUCGUGGCUGUGGUGCGGAUACACCCACAACCGGAGCGGCUUAUAGCAAGUCGUGUGCUACGAAUCUUUGUAACUCUGGAGUUUAUCCGCCGGGACGUCUCAAGUGUCAUCAGUGUAGUCCUGACGAAAGUUGUGUGGCCGCUCCAUUAGGCAAACCAAGACCAUGUCUGUAUCAUCAAGAGGAAGACGAAUGUUACACGGAUAUACUAAGCACAACGGAAGGCUAUCGUGGCUGUAAAUCGGAUGUAAAUCAUACUGUAACAAAUACGGCUGUAGAAUGCGAUUACAAUGGUUGUAAUAAUCAAUUGGGUGCCUGGUCUCAAAUCUGUGCUCAAUGUGAUUCCACACAGACCGGAAGGGGAUGUAAAAUUGAUCUGUUUCAGUUGAAUACAGGAUUAUGCAAUAUAAGUCUCUAUGAAGAAUGUCAUCAAGAGAUACAUUUGGGACAAGAAGAGCAAGAGUUUUGUUUUAGCUAUCGUCACCUGAAUCGCAUGGUAAGAGGAUGCUCCACCCAAUUGCCAGAGGAUUUGGAACCCAUUCGGGAUCAGUUGGAAACAUGUCAGAGCGGCGAUCAUUGCAAUGCUCGUUGUAUAACCCAGCAACGUUGCCUCUCCUGCAAUUCAGUUGAUAAUCCCCUCUGUCGCACCAAUACUACGGCCCUGAGCACUUCUCUGUGUGGUUCGGCUGAGGCAUCUUCCUGCUUUGCCUGCGAGUACACCGAUUGGGAAAUACGUCGUGGUUGUGGUGCCCCACCGAGUGGCGAGGCGAACAUUCGCAAUUGCUAUGAAUGCGAUGAGGAUGGUGGAUGCAAUGAAUUGGAUUUCACACGUUGCUAUCGGUGCACCACAGAUCAGACGGGACCUGGUUGCGCCAACUGGGAAGUACCUGGUGGAAUUUAUAUUGAAGAGUGUGCUCAGCCGGCUGCAUCUUGCCUAAUAGUAAGCUAUUCAAAUGGAUCCCUAGAACGUGGCUGCCAGCGUGAUGAUUUCAAUUGUGAAUCUUCAAAUGUAUCAAAUUGCCAGCGAUGUGAUGGCAGCUUUUGCAAUAAAGGAGCCUUCCCAGAGCAACGAUUGUGGUGCCAUCAGUGUACAGAUUGUGACCAAAUAUCACGGGGUCAAAGUGCAUCACCGUGUCCCUGGCAGGAGAAUGAGCCGGCGGAUCAAAUUGAAGGUUGCUUGGAAUACUAUGAUGUUCAUCAAAAGAAAACCAUUCGGGGAUGCCGCACCACUCCAGAGCUAUACUACCAAUGCAUGUUAAGAAGUGAAGACAAAUGCCGCCUCUGUCACGAUCAAGCCUGCAAUAAUAGUCCUGGCGAGGAUCUGCGACCUUACACCGUCAAAGCCCUGGCACUAUUGCCGGGCAAAAGUAUCGCUUCGCGUGCUUUAAAAACAAUUGAUUUAUGUUUUUGGUUAUUAAUCAUUUAUCAAGUAAUUGCUUUAAACUAGCCAAAUAAAAAUUAUCUAAUUGUUUUCA